AUGGGCAGCCCCUGGAACGGCAGUGACGGCCCCGAGGGCGCACGGGAGCCGCCUUGGGCCUCGCUGCCGCCGUGCGACGAGCGCCGCUGCUCCGCCUUCCCCCUGAGGGCGCUGGUGCCGGUGACCGCCGUGUGCCUGGGCCUGUUCGCUGUCGGGGUGAGCGGGAACGUGGUGACCGUGCUGCUGAUCGGGCGCUACCGGGACAUGCGGACCACCACCAACUUGUACCUGGGCAGCAUGGCCGUGUCCGACCUGCUCAUCCUUCUCGGGCUCCCCUUCGACCUUUACCGUCUCUGGCGCUCGCGGCCCUGGGUGUUCGGGUCGCUGCUCUGCCGCCUGUCGCUGUACCUGGGCGAGGGCUGCACCUACGCCACUCUGCUGCACAUGACGGCACUCAGCGUCGAGCGCUACCUGGCCAUCUGUCGUCCGCUCCGUGCCCGGGUUCUCAUCACCCGGCGCCGCGUCCGCGCGCUCAUCGCUGCGCUCUGGGCCAUAGCGCUGCUCUCCGCAGGGCCCUUCUUUUUUCUGGUGGACGUCGAGCAGGACCCCGGCAUCGAUCAGAUCGUGGACCUUAACGGCACCGCGCAGCGCACCUUCUCGUCCAGCGGGCCGCCGCCCUUCUUGCCCUCGCGGGCGCCACCGUCGUCCCGGCUCUCCGAACCUGAAGCCGCGGCGGCCGCGGCGCUGUUCAGCCGCGAGUGCAGGCCAAGCCGCACACAGUUGGGUGCGCUGCGGGUCAUGCUGUGGGUUACCACUGCCUACUUCUUCCUGCCCUUCCUGUGCCUCAGUGUCCUCUACGGGCUCAUCGGGCGGGAGCUGUGGAAGAAUCGGGACCCGCUGCAAGGCCCGGCUGCCUUGGGGCGGGAGAAGAGCCACCGGCAGACAGUCCGCGUCCUGCUGGUGGUGGUUCUGGCAUUUGUAGUUUGCUGGUUGCCUUUUCACGUUGGCAGAAUCAUUUACAUAAAUACCCAAGAUUCCCGGAUGAUGUAUGUCUCCCAGUACUUCAACAUUGUCGCCCUGCAACUUUUCUAUCUGAGCGCAUCCAUCAACCCAAUCCUCUACAACCUCAUUUCCAAGAAGUACAGAGCAGCCGCCCGAAAACUGCUGCUUGCAAAACAGUCCAAACCAAGAGGUUUCUGCAGAAGCAGGGACACUGGGGGAGACCCUGGGGGAGACACUGGAGGAGAUACAGGUGGCUAUACAGAGACAAGUGCUAACACAAAGACUGUGGCCUAA